GGGGAGCUGCACAACCUGCUGAAGCACAGCUGCCCAGGUUGCCCAAGAGCACAGCCAGGGACACACAACAACACAAGCACACUCUCAAGAGGGCAGCUGCAGACUGGCUUAGCUGCCGCCGUAGCAUCGACCUUCCUUACCAAUAUGCCUGAUGUGCUGAGUUCCUCCAGGCUCUCUCCUGUGCGGUCUGGACACAGGAGAAAAGGGGCUGAGUUGUAGGAAAUAGACUACACAGUGAAAUGCUAAGGAACUGAAGGUUAACAUAGCAGACCAGGGGACUUGCUUAUAGAGAGAAAGAGAAUAACAAGGGAAGAGUAAAGACCAUGGGAUGUGGGAUCUCAUCCUCAGGCGAUUACAGGUUGAAGAAGUCUGAAAGAGCAAGUAUGUCAAUCCCAGGAGCAGCUGCUACAGCAAUGAAAGCUGCUGUACUGAUCCAGCGAUGGUAUCGCCAGUACGUUGCUCGCAUGGAGGUGAGGCGGAGGUGCACCUGGACCAUCUUCCAGUCCAUAGAGUACGCAGGGGAACAGGACCAGAUCAAGCUGUACAACUUCUUUGGAUACCUUAUGGACCACUUUACACCUGCUAGCAGUAGUGAAAGGAAUCUCAUAUCACAUAUUUUCACUGAGGACGAGGUUUGCAGAGAAGCCGAAUGGGAGAGGAUGCUUGAAUACGAGACCAUCGAAUUGCCAGAAACCUACACUGGACCCCACCUGUCUUUCCCUCUCGCUGUUACUCAAGCAUCUGCCUUAGUGGAAGCCUUCAGACGAAAGCAACAGCUCCAUGCUCGCUAUGUUCUGCAGCUUCUUCAUGAAACAUGGAGACACCUCAAACUACUGCCAAACAUCAACAGAGUCUCGACCUGCUACUGUAAGGAGAUAACUAUCUGUGGAGACCUACAUGGGAAUCUGGAGGAUUUACUGUUGAUAUUUUACAAGAAUGGGUUUCCUUCUGUGGAAAAGUCCUAUGUCUUCAAUGGGGACUAUGUGGACCGAGGCAAGAACUCCAUUGAGAUUUUAUUGAUUUUGUUUGCGUUGUUGCUGGUGUAUCCCAAUGCUGUUCAUCUGAACAGAGGAAAUCAUGAAGACUACAUUGUCAACUUAAGAUAUGGAUUCACAAAGGAAGUAAUGCAGAAAUACAAGGUUCAUGGCAAGAAGAUUCUCAAGCUGCUGCAGACAGUGUUUAGCUGGUUGCCCUUGGCCACUGUGAUUGACCGAAAGGUCUUAGUUACUCAUGGAGGGAUCUCACACACCACUGACCUCAAAAUAAUUGCCAAAGUGGACAGACACAAGUACAUUUCUGCAUUGAGACCUCCCAAGGUGAAAAAGAGACGAAACAUCCCUGAACCGCCACUCGUUGGAGGAGAUCCCCUGAGAGACGUUUCCAGGCCGAAGGAGAUCAUUAGUUCUGGCCCGAGAAGAAGCUCCUUAUCUUUUGACUCAUGCUACAGGCCUGCCUCUGAACCCAGGAGAAGAUCCCUGCACAGCAUCUCCCAGAAGGUGUGGCGCUCUGUGGAGGAGGAGCUGGAAAAGUGCCGCAGACAGGUGGGCUUCAGCGAGCUCUUCGACGACUCCAAGCACUCCCUGUCUCCGUCGGACUCCGACUCGGAGUCCUUCGAGAUCUGCGAGUCCGACGACAUGGAAUGGAAGCAGAUUGUAGAUAUCCUGUGGAGUGACCCCAUGGCCCACGAGGGCUGUGUCCUGAACCACGUGCGGGGCGGCGGGUGUUACUUUGGCCCUGACGUCACAGAGGCGGUCUUGGCCAGACACAACCUGCAGCUGCUCAUCCGCUCCCAUGAGUGCAAGCAGGAGGGCUACGAGUUCUGCCACAGCCGCAAGGUCUUGACCAUCUUUUCUGCCUCUAACUACUAUGAAGUGGGAAGCAACAGAGGGGCUUAUGUCAGACUGGGUCCUGAUCUGACCCCACACAUUGUUCAGUACCAAGCCAGCCGAACAACUCGCAAACUUACCAUGAGGCAAAGAGUGAGCAGGAUUGAGCGGUCCGCACUCCGGGCAUUGAGAGAGCAGCUCUUCGCACACAAGUCAGACCUCCUGACUGCCUUCCAACAGCACGACAGGAGCAGCACAGGACGCAUCGCGCUUAACGACUGGGCGACGGCGGUGGAGUCCGUGCUGCGCCUGGGCUUGCCGUGGCGGGUCCUGCGCCCCCAGCUCGUGGCCAGCGCCCCCGGGGGCUUCCUGCACUACCACAGCUGGUUCCAGGAGCUCGCCAUCGAGCAGCCCGUCCGAGAGCACAUACACCAGAGUCUGUUGGAGACUCUCUACAGGAACAGAGCCAAUCUGGAGACCAUUUUCCGCAUUAUUGACAGCGACAACUCAGGCCUCAUUUCAUUCGAGGAGUUUCGGCAGACGUGGAAGCUGCUCAGCUCGCACUUGGAGAUCGAGAUCAGCGACCAGGCCAUUUCAGACCUGGCGCUAAGCAUCGACUUCAACAAGGACGGGAACAUCGACAUCAACGAAUUCCUGGAGGCCUUCCGCCUUGUCGAUCAGACCCACCACACCGAGCGGGAGGGCAGCCUCCUGCUGACCCUCCCCGCCUUUCCAGAAGUGGAUUUGACGAGGACCACUGUGACCCAUUGACCUUCACGCUGGGCCAGUUUUCUUCCAGGGGUUCAGAACACCUUCCACUAGGGCAGUUGUGAGAAGGGAGUGGGGUGUCUGCAGGUGUGCUUUACCCUGGCACGAGUGCUUUCACCAUGGCACGAGUGCUUUACCUUGACACUAGUGCUUUCACCCUGGCACUAGUGUUUUUUUUUACUUCUAUUGAUGUUCCAGGGAAACGUCUGAGCCUAUGCUAGGAGAUAAUAGUUCACCAGCAGCAAAAGAGAACGUCAGGCCCACAGAAAUAAAUAUCAACAAGGCAACACUCAAUGCAACUUGGAACUUUGCAUUACUGGUUUCAGAUUUAAUAACUGGUGUGUUAAACCAACCACGCAAUGUAGGUUUAAAAAUGUUUUUUUGCGACUGCUAAUUACAAUUUUGUUAUAUGCAAAACACCUGGGCUAAGAAUAAUCGCAGCGCUCUCAAGGGGCCCGCCUUGCGUAGUUCAUGUUCCAUGAAGCUCUCAAAUAAUCACGUAGUGGAAAAAGAAGAUUAAUGCAGCAUGUUACUAUUCAACAGGUCAGCACAAAUAAUAAAUAAUUGGUACAACUCUCUACUGGCCUUUUGCCUCCCAAAAGGAAAUUAAACCCUGUACUCUUGACAAAUUCUGUAUGUUGCCUGACCUACUAUGGCACUGAUCUCAGAUGUGCGUGAUGGCAAUGUCAAUGUAAGUAAAUUUACUUUCUGCCUUAUCUUUCUUCAGUACCGGAUUUGUAUCACAACCGAUUGCUUAUGGGCCAAAGAGAGCUAAACUAAACAUGAACAGGAGCUACGAUUUUAGUUACAGGCACCCAUAGAAGAGAAUUAGCGCUCAAGCAUUUUUUUAGAGCUAUAUUUAUAGCUUUUGGAGACACUGUUGAGCAAAAAGUGUAAAAAAAACAGCACGGACUUGUAAUGCCUGUUGCAAUUUGAUAGCAGCUACGUUCUGAUAGUGACUUACUCAGCCAUUCUUACCAUUCACAAAUGUGCACCAUUUUCUACUGUUGUAUCCAUUAGAAGUGACACAUUUUAACUGUAUAGGAGUGGCCGAGAAGAUUUUAUGUCUGGUGUCAUUUUAAUGUAACUCAGUGUGAUGAGACAACACAGUUCUGCCUUUGUCUUGGUUUCAGACGGUAAGCUUUAAUGAACUGUGGAUUGACACUGUUGAAAAAUAGUGUGGAUAUCUCCAGAUAUGACCAGGAAUGCAACUGCCACUAUACAGUAAUUAAGGCCUGGUCUAAAGGGGUUUUUAAUAAAGA